AUGUAAAGUGUAAACUUUUAAGUUCAACCGCAACGGUCGUUUUUGAAAAGUGAUAUUUUUAUUUGUCUUUUUGAAUAAACAUGAUACUUUAAACACAUAAGCGUUAUUUGCAAAUAAAGAAUAAAUAAAAUGGAGGCCCUAAAAGACCCGGUGAGUGUACGGGUGGCUCGCCUAAACUCUGAAAUCACAGGAAAAGCAAAUACCUCAGGAAAAUCCAAUUUACUUAGUCGGGAGGCUGUUUUGGAUGCCCUACAAAUAUUCUAUGAAGAAUGCUGCUCAGAAACCCUACAAAAAUCAGAUUCUAACAUUGCGGAUUUCGUUAAACGGUACAAGAAUGCCAUGAAGGAUAUCAAGUCUCUCCGAGUCAACAUAAGUGAUUUUGAAAUUAAAAACUUAAUAGGAUGUGGCCAUUUUGGCGACGUUCAUGUAGUGAAAGAAAAACAAACCGGAGACAUAUAUGCCAUGAAAACCAUAAGAAAGUUUGACAAUGAAAUCAAAAGAAUGUCCUUCGAAGAGGAGAGGAAUAUUAUGGCAUUUUCUGACUCUCCCUGGCUGACAAGCCUUCAAUACUCCUUCCAGGACAGUUCAUAUUUAUUCUUUGUGAUGGAGUAUCACCCUGGAGGAGAUCUUUUAGGUUUACUCUAUAGGAAAGGUGGCACACUACCAGAAAGUGCCUCUUUAUUUUACAUUGCAGAACUGGUACUAGCAUUAGAAGCUUUACAUAAAAUGGGCUAUGUGCAUAGAGAUGUUAAGCCUGAUAAUAUUUUGAUUGAUCGGUGUGGUCAUUUAAAGUUGGCAGACUUUGGCUCUGCUGCUAAACUGGAUAAAGAUGGAUUGGUGAAAGUGGGACUUCCUGUAGGAACUCCUGACUACAUUGCUCCAGAGGUGUUGCAAUGUUUGGAUAAUAAAAGUGAAAAGUCAGUUACAGGAUAUGGGAUUUCUUGUGACUUUUGGUCAUUAGGUAUUUUGGCCUAUGAACUUACUAUUGGUAAACCACCCUUUCAGGGCCAAACUACCACCACAGUUUAUUCAAAAAUCAUUAACCACCUGAAUCAUUUAAAAUUUCCUUCUGAUAUAACUUUAAGCCAGGGUUAUGUUAGUUUUAUAAAGGCUCUUUUAACUGAUGUGAAGUCUCGACUAAAGCCCCACAAAAUAAAAUCCCACACAGUUUUUAAAGGCAUUCAUUUUGACACUUUAAGAGAACAAGUGCCUCCUUAUGUCCCCAAAAUCAACUCUAACGAAGAUAUUAGUAACUUUACUGAUAUCCAAGCGAGAAAAAAGCACCCGAGCAUAGAAAACUUCAAGAAGAAAAGCCACUUUUCCGGAAGAAACUUGCCAUUUAUAGGUUUCACUUUCACCCAUGACCCACAAGAAGGUUUCGAGCCAACUUUUCAUCGCCGCUCCAUCCAAAAGAGCGAAAUAGUGGAAAACCUAAAAGCCGAAGUAGAAAAUCUAAGAAUGACCGUGUCCAAAAGCGGAGACUUCAACCAAGAAAAAGAGUGUUUAGAAAGGAAACUCGAAGAGACAAGCAUUAAGCUUCAAAGCAUCGAAGCUCUCAGGGACAAAUUGGAAAAGCAACUGGCGGAGAGCAUGGCCGAAUCGUCCGCAGUGAAACGCACGUUAGAACUGGAGCGUAAGGAGCGAGCCAAUUUGGAAAAAAAGGCGUUAGACUUAAUUAAGGGGGCCAAAAUGAAGUGGGAACAAGCGGAAAAAGCCAAAGUGGACACCCUGGAGUUGGAGAUAAAGCAGCUCAAGUCGAAAAUAGAACAGUUGAACCAUACUAAUCAGAUGUUGGAUGAGCAGUUGCAACAUGCCAUGAAAAUGGAUGAGAAAAAUAGGCAAUCGUUGGAAACCGAAAAAAACUUAAGCAGACGCAGCGUUAUCGGCCUCGAAAAUCUACUAGAAAAAGUCUCUUCGGACAGACAAAAUAAAAUCUCCGAACUACAAAGUCAACUAAAUGAGGAACUGUGUCAUAAGACUGAUUUGCAAAACCAAAUUGGCACUUUACAAGACGAAUUACGUAAUCGGGAGGCCGAAUUGAAAAGCAACAAGGAAAAAUUGAAAAAAUGCCGAAUGGAGCAUGAAGUUUUAAAAACGAAACUUCACGAGAACGAGGGCCUUAUUGGGGAACUGAGUGGUAAAGUAAACGAGCUGGAAAAGGAUUUGGAGAGGAUAGACCAGUAUGAAGCGGAAAUAAAAAAACUGAGAAACUUGUUCGAGGACAGUCAAAAAACGAUUAAAGAUUUACAGAAUAAAACAGUAAUUUUAGAAGGGGAGCGAAAGAAAAUGGACGAGCAAAAACUAAACAGUGACGAGCUUAAAGAAAAACUUAAUAAAGCGCAAACGCAAGUGGGCAUUUUAGAAAAACAACUUGAGCAAGAGAAGGAGCAGUGUGACUCAUUGAAAAAGAGGCUGAAAGAAGCGGAAAAUAAUGAGUCCAGUACCCAAGAAUUGCGAGAAAAGCAGCUUCAGUUCUAUAAGAUGCAAAAAGAACUCUCCGACUGUAAAAUUGAUAAAAGAAUUUUAGAAAGGGAGCUAAAGGAGGCAAAGGUUGAAAUUAAACAACUUCAAGAAUCUCUAGCGGCUUCCGAAAAAGCUCUAACCGGCAACAAGACAUCCCACGAAACGGCUUUACUAGAAUUGUCAGGGAUAAAUGAUAAUCUCUCUAUGGAACUUGUGAAGUCCAAAGAGACAAUAAAAAGCUUACAAGAGCAAUUACAAAACGAGAAAAACAGAAUGGGAGAUGAAAAGGUGGUAGUAAAAGAGCUGAAAGGGUUCUUAAACGCCAAAGAAGCGACGAUAAGGAACUUAGAAGAUCGUAUUAGUACGUUGCAAAAUGAAGUUUCGUCUCUAACAUCAAGGUGCCAAAGAGAAGAAAGCGAAAAAACAAAAUUGAUGUCUUUAGUUGAGCAGUUGCAGAAGGAGAAAGCUCAUUUAAGUGAUGUAAUUCAAAACGAGAGGGCCGAAAAAUCCAAUAUGAAGUUGAAUUUAGACGCCCUACGUGAAGCCUGCACCCUUCUCGAAGGCCAAGUAACAGAAUACGAAAAACUUGUAGAAAUGAGCAAAAACAAACAAUCCGAGCUGAGUAAUAACACUGAAAAACUGAUUGCUGAUUUAUGCGAGGCCAGAAAGGAAACUCAAGAAGCGAAGCGGCAUAUCAACGAGCAGAAAUCGCUUAGGGCUAUGUCAGAACAAAAAGUCAAGCGUCUACAAGAAGACAUAGAAAGUUUAGAAAAAGAAAUGGCGGAUUAUAAGGCCCAGUGUGUGGAGUAUAAACGAUUUUCUGCUGAGUUAACUGACGAUUUAACGGCAUCUGAAGAAAAGUUGAGUAGCGCAGAAGUUACCAUCAACGCCUACAGUAGGCAAAUUGAUAAGUUGACUGCAGAAAAUCGUAUGUUGAAAGAAGAAAUAUCAGAUCACAUUACGAAAAUCGCACAUUUAAAAGAUUCUAAGUAUAGGUUGACUCAUCAGGUGAACGAUUUAAACAUAAAUGUUGAAUCUUUGAUUCAGAAAAUACGAGAGCUAGAACGGUCUUUCCAUGAACAAAUGAACUAUUAUAAAGAGAGGGAAAUAAAGGCAGAAGCCCGCGAUAAGCAACAUUUAAAACUGAUAGACUACUUACAAUCUAAAAUCGAAGAGCAAUCUCACAAAAAAAAGACAUUCACCGAGGUAAUAUUCGGCAGUUCGAAAAAAGAAAACCAACCUCCGAUCUCUCUCGCUCUCAAUUACAAAGAUCUCGAAAGCGAAUUGGUAAAAGAGAAAGAGAGCAAUAGGAAGCUAAAGGAGGAAGUAUUCAAAUUGAAAGCGGCCACUUUGUGUGAGAUUAAUUCGAACGUGAUGGACAAAUUCGGGCCGAAGAUGGAGAAGUCCAAAUCGGAGAUUCUCACCCCUAGGAGCAAAGCCGCUUUGAACCAAAUCGCUACAUCCCCACGUAAACAAGGGGUAGACGGAGAUUUUAGACAGAAUUCGCUUACGAGGAUGCACCAUAAUAUACCUCACAGAUUCGAUUCCAAACUGAACACAACAACCCAAAAAUGCGCCCAGUGCAGCAACCAAAUUUUAAUCGGUAGAAACUACCACGUGUGUAAAGAAUGCAAAGUUGCCGCCCACGUGAAUUGCUCUUUAUCGCUUCCAAAGGUCUGCGGUUUACCAAAAGAAUUGGCCGAACACUAUAAGGAGUCUCUGGAGAAGGCAGAAAGCAGCAGCGCUCAGGUGUCUGGGAAGAACGAGAUGCAAGAAGCGGUGUGCGAGGGUUGGGUUAAAGUGCCAUGCACUAAAUCAAACUCAUGGCAGAAACGCUACGCUCGUCUUACACAGUCUUCCUUAGACAUCUACAUGGAGCAACCAGAAGAAACUGGCAACCAGGUACCCUUAGAGCAAUUCCCUUUAAAACCUGAGGGAUCCCAUGGAAGGGUAGUCUUAGAGCCUUUACAAUCGGAAAUAGGAAUCCCUGUGGCAAGCAGCGACAUACCGUUUAUAAUGAAACUGGAAGUAACACCAGAAACUACUUGCUGGCCUUCUAAGUGUUUAGUUAUAAUGACACUUAGUGCGAAGGAGAAAGAUAAUUGGUUUGCUGCUCUACAGACUCACUUUGCCUCCGAAAAACCAAAUUCAAAACUAGAAACUGUUGUGAGAUUACCAAGCGGUAUGGUGGUCAAUUGUGUGGUAACUCUUACAGAAAACAUUAGAGUUUUUGGUACCGAUAAGGGACUGGUUGCUCAUUAUGAUAAUGGAUUGUUGCAGAUUAGUGGACCUAGUCAAAUAGAACAGAUUGUACAAUUUGCUCCAGGCAAUCUGGUCCUAAUGAUAGUGGACCCUAAAGCAAAACUGAUUUGCUGCGACAUCAAUCAUUUGAUAAAUCUGGCUCAGUGCGCGCAAGCUACAAAACCGACUUUAAAAUAUAAAGAUGUAAAUGUAAAUGGUUUGGUAGGAUUCCAUAUUGUCCAGGCCUCAAGACACUCCUCACAUAAAAAAAUCGCCGUAGCGACCACUCAACAGCUGAUCAUCCUCGAGUACCAUUUCAGUACCAACGAGUUCGUGCCGGUCCGGAUCUUGGACACUGCCCAACCGACCAGUUGCAUGUUAUUCACCGAAAACAGCCUUUUGGUAGGAGCGGAUAAGUUCUUCGAAAUAGACCUCACCAGUUUAAAACCGGAAGAAUUCCUGGACAUGUCCGAUGUUAAUUUGAAACAGACGGUGAUAUGUUACAAGACCGGUAGUUUCCCCGUUAGUAUAUUGGAAGUUUGCAGCAAUCCAAAGGAGUACUUGUUGACUUUUAAUCUUUUUUCUGUAUUUGUGGAUGAAUAUGGACGAUCCUCUAGACAAAAAGAGAUGAAAAACGAGCAUUUACCGGUGGCCUUACAUUACGCCAAACGAUAUUUAUAUAUAGUCCAAUUUGGAGCUGUGGAAAUAAUUAAAAUAAGUGAUGAAAGCUUCAAUAACGGCCCGAUAGACUUGUAUAGACUAGAUCUAAAUAAAUUCAAAUACUUAGGGUGUAACAGCAAAGGGAUUUAUUUGGAACAAGACAACGAAGUCAAGUUCCUGACAGCCAAAAACUUGCCCGAUUUCGAUGCGGUUUCGCUAGUCUCCGAAAGCACCGAAACCGUUAAUAACUCGCGCGAUAGUCAGUUCAGUUUCACCAGUUCUAUGGUGCAAAGUCUGGAUGGGAAUUUGAGCGAUUCCGAGCAGUCGGAGACGGUACGAAAGUUUGACCAGACUGAUUUUUAAAGUUUUACCAAAUAGGCUUAAAUUGUUUGUGUUUGUUUUGUAUAUUUAGUUAUUUUGGCACGAUUAAAUGUAUAUACAUAAUUUUCUCGCUUAAUAUAUUUUUUACUUUUAUAUA